ACUUUAACUUGUCCAACCUGCUCUGACCAAGCUUCUCCUGCUGAUGGAGUCCACAGAUGAGGUACUUUGAUCCUCUGGUCCUGCAGCAGCGGGAGGCGGGCCCUGCUGGGCUUUAUGAGCGCAGCUGCUGGAGGUUCGGCCUCAGUUCGGGACCAGCAGCGGCAGCAUGCGGGCUGAGAGCGCAGAGCUGCUCCGGGCCGCGGACUGAGCAGCUCUGCGGGACUUUGUCUAACUUUCGGACCAGGUUCGGGCUCCGUGCUCCGGAGCUCGGGCCGGACAUGGAGCUGCGCUGCCUGCUGGUUCUGCUGGUUCUGUGUCUGGGCUCCAGGGUCCAGCAGGGCCGCUGCCAGCACUUCUACCUGCUGCGGCCGGUGCCCAGCGACGCCCUGCCGGUGGAGCUGCUGCGGGAGGAGCCGGACCCGGUUCUGGACCCGAAGGAGAAGGACCUGAACGAGACGGAGCUCCGCAGCGCGCUGGGCAGCCACUUCGACCCGCUGUUCAUGUCGGUGUCCGAACCGGAGGACCGGAGCCCGGCCGAGGAGCCCCGGCCGAGCGGCUCGAUGCCCAGAGAGAUCCGAACCCUGGAGUUCGAGGCUCCGCUCGGCCGCAGGACGAAGCCGGGCAGGAAGCUGCGGCGGCGGCUGCAGCUGUGGCUCUGGUCCGUGGGCCUGUGCCCGGUGCUGCACGCCUGGACCGACCUGGGGAGCCGGUUCUGGCCGCGCUACGUGAAGGUGGGCAGCUGCUCCAGCCAGCGGUCCUGCUCGGUACCGGAGGGGAUGCUCUGCAGACCGGCCAAGGCCACCAGCUUCACCCUGCUGCGGUGGCGCUGCGGGCCGAGGAGGGCCGGCCUCCGGUGCGCCUGGAUCCCGGUCCAGUUCCCGGUCAUAUCCGAGUGUAAGUGUUCCUGCAGCAGCUGAGACCAGAACCGGCCGCAGAACCGGAGAACUGCUCCGAACUGUUUUCUGCAGACUGUAGACUUACUUCACUGCAUCUCGGUUCCGUAAAAAGUUCUGGACUUUGGGUCAGAGUGAAUCCUGCAGAACGUCUGAUGGACAUGUGUUUAUUCUGUGUGAUCCGACAGAACCCUGCGGAACCGGGCCGGUGCUGUAUCUGCUUUUAUUUAUGUUCACAUUUAAUGGAUUUCUGUGGAGAAACUUCAAGAGUUCUGAUCCAAACUCAGAGAGUCUGUUUGAAUCCGAACUUCUUCCUGAACGUUUCUGGUCCUCAGAUGCUGUCAAAUAAAACCAGACGGUCGGUUCUGAAGUCAC